AUGUUCCAUUUCGUAACUUUCAUUGAGAGACGCGCACGUAUAUAUUCGGCAGUGACGAAGUCUUUAUGGAGUCUUAUAUAAGUCCGUAAUUUAGGCAUAUUAUAGACGUAGACUUUCCAAUUUUUUAUGUGCUAUAAUUAGAAUAUACUGGGAUAUACUGGGAUGGUAUAUAUUUCGAAUAUAAUGAUCUGUAUAUCGCAGCAUUAUCUUAACCCCUAGUAUACUGAGAUGUAUAUCCCAUUAUACUAGAUUCAUUCGUAUCAAUGUGUUAUACUGAUGAAUGCCGCUUUUAAAGUUAAAAUACUGUCGCAGUAUCACAACAGGAACUUUAUCACCUUUUGAUUCGUCUGCUCGGUUGUCUAUUCGCCAGAGAAUACCAGUGCGAUCGCCAAGAGCGUGAAGACAUGAAGACAGACAGGAGUAGGCCAACUGUAAUGGCACUGAACGACAAUGGUGUUGGGGACAGUUUGCUAUGCACAUUCAAUAGAGACUCUGGAUGUGUAAGAUCGGACAGAGCUUUUUUUGGGGGGGGGGUCAUAUUUCGAUUGUCAAGUGACAUAUUUGGGGUUUUCCGUGAUUGUCGUCCGGCCCAAUUGGCAAUAUUGCCAUUUGGGAUGGUGGACAGAGCUAGGAGACGCUUAUGAUGUAUUUAAAGAAAUAAAAUGCCCGAUUUAACAUCCUGCAGAAUCAGGGGAAUCGGGCGUUUCCAGUGAUAUACGACACAAAUGGGUUGUCCUCAUGCAAUCACUUUGGAAACGCAUUUUAAAAUAGAUGUUACGUCCUGUUAAUGGGGCACGUCAUCGUCGCGUACAUUUGGGAAAAACUCCCUAACGAGACCUACAUGCUGUCCCGGCAAAUGUGGAAAAUAUUGACACUGUUUACUUCUUCGCUCAUUAUGUACACGUUGUUGUGAGUUUAUUGAGGAGAGACACCACUGACAUGACUGAUAACUAACAAAAUUAAUUCGACAAUUUGCCAAAGUUUUCAAUGUUGAUGUGGGGUCCCAAGUUAGUCCAACAGUCAGAAAGGAUACUAAUGGUUGUGCAUAGAAUUUGAGUGUGGUCUACUACGAUGAAGUGGACAGCUAUAGCUCUCACUUGCCAUGACAAGAGGACAGCUCAGACUUUCCAGAAAGAGUUAGAUUUACGGCAAGAAAAAGGCAUAAUCGAUGGUGACACUGUGCUGUUGACUGUUGAAGAUCCUAAAGCAAGGGUUGGAAGUGGAGGAGCAACAAUCAAUGCAUUGCUUGUUGUUGCUGAACACCUUAGCGCCCAUGCAGGCUUCACGGUGGUGAAUCCUGAUCUACUCAGCAGUUCAAGCAUCUUGUUGAUGCAUGUAGGCCGCCAAUAUCCCUUUGAUGCGUGCAGUAGUACAUUCACUUCACUACCAGCAACCUAUAAAUCAUCCAGCCAUCACCAUGUCCUCACCAAUUUUGAUCAUCUGCUCCACACCAUGUCCACAAAGAUAGCUGUCGGCUGUCCAUGUGGUGUUUGGGUCUGCAGUACUGAUAUGGUUUUGUCUGUGCCUGAAAAUAAAGGUUCACCAUACAUUGACUGGACCGACAGUAUCGAUGUUUGCGCAGUGUCAAUGUUGGGGACAGUGCAAUACGCCAAGCAACAUGGUGUCUACAAGAUUGGAUCAGAAAAUAAGGAUGAUCGCCUGUUGGACAUAAUCUACAAGGGGGACCAGUAUGCUAUCAAGUCAUGUGCGAGGGAAGAUGGCUCAGUUGCAUUAGUGUCUGGAGUGGUAUUUUUCAAUCCAACUGUUGCGGAAACUCUUGUGAUGUUUGGUCAAACAGCUCAACUCUAUGCUUGUACUUAUAUGGGACUAGACAGUGGAUUGCAGCCAAUAGAGCUAUCCUUGUUCUUCGACUUUCUUGUUGCCAUGGCUACAGACGUUAGCAAGGAUGAUUUUGUGUCUGGAGAAAGGAAUGCCUACCUGAGCAAGAAAGUGACAAGAUCUGCUGAGGAGAUUGAAGUAAUGAGGCAGGCAAGGGAGGUCAUAUGGAAAGAACUACGGGAUUACAAAGUUAAAGUAGUUGUGAUACCUGAUGGAGAAUUCCACUACCUGAGUCUUUCUGCUGGAGACUUCCAUAAAACAGUUGCUGGUACUUUGUGUCUUGACGAUACACAGUUAAAGAGGAACCAUGUGAUGCAUGCGUCUAUACAUCCUACAGUUAAUAUUGAUGAUGCAAGUAUUGUUGUAAACUCCAUCCUAGAAGAAGACGUCCAUGUGGGUGCAAAAUCUCUAAUUGUCAAUUCCCAUCUUGCCAAUAAAUUCAGCAUUGGGAAGGAUUCCUUUGUCAAUGGUGUCAGGCUGGAAGACUUGAAGAAUGUUGACAUUGGUAGCUUCUCCGACUCAGUGAUGCUCCAGAGCUUCCCGUUACUGAUUCCAACCCUUGGGAAAGCUGUGACCAACAUUCUGACUGUCCUGGGAAAGUUCGAUGACUUAAUGGUGCCAUCAUGGAAACAUACUGCUACUUACUGUAACAUGCCAUGGCUGGUAUUCAUGAACAAGACCGGUAUUACUGCUGAAGAUCUCUGGGGACCAGCCUUGCCCGAUGAUGACAGGUGUGUCUUCACUGCUCAAUUGUUCCCACUUCUUAACGCCAGUCACCAGGUGGGCCUUGCCGAGAUAUUCUGGCUGCAGACUUCGCAAGAUGAUGGAGGUGUUGCAGAUAUGGAGAUGUUACAGAGGUGGCGUUCAUCUUGGAGGUUGUCGCUGAAAGACAUCCUUUCGUUUUUAGGGCUGGAAAAUGAGUUUGGCAAAAGAAGUGAGCUAGGCUUUGAAAUCACCAAAAGAAUAGUAAAGGAAAAUCUGACCCAGAAUGGUGACUAUGGUUUGCUCAACUUGUAUCGGACAGCUUGCCUUAACGGCUUCCAGCAUGAACUACUAGCACUAUUAGACGAAGUUGCUUUAGAAGGUGCCAGACUAAACCUGCCAGCACUGGUGGGGCGAACGUGUGCUCAUAUAGCUGAUGUGCUUGCCUGUAUGAUUGGGAAGAAAGGAGGCCUUCGUAGUGGCCCUGCUGCAAAUGUUCACUGGAAGAAAGCAUUUCUGCACUUUGAGGAUGGCGAGUUGGGCCUUGGCGUUCAGGCGAUGUCAAGCGAGCGGAGAAACUGGCUUGGUAGGCCUGAUUUGUUGGUACGGGCCGGCAGGCAUUAUGAGGGCGCUGCCCAGAUCUUGAUCAGGAAGGUUAUAAGUACUGCAAGGGAGUUCAUCAAGCCCACGCCAUGUGAACCUGUGCCCUAUGAUAAAGUUGUUGUUGCGGAGUGUCCGGCCCGAAUGGACAUCGCGGGAGCCUGGUCUGAUACCCCACCAAUCACAUAUGAACAUGGAGGAGCUGUCAUUGGUGCUGCUAUCACUAUUGAUGAUAUGAAACCAAUUGGUGCCAAAGUACAAAGAUUAAGAGAACCUGAAGUUAUCCUGGUGCUAGAUAAUGGAGGUCAUGCAGACGUUGUGCUCAAGUUGACCAAACUCCACGAGUUCUCAAAUUAUUCGCAGCCCCAUGCUCCUGGAGCUCUUCUCAAGGCAGCUUUCCUCUGUGCAAAAAUCAUUGAAUAUCCGUCCAGUGUUGCCCUAGAUGAUCAACUUGUCCAGAAAUAUGGUGGCGGAUUCCAUGUGACAACGUGGUCUAAUCUGCCGCAUGGGUCAGGAAUGGGUACCAGUAGUAUUCUCGCUGGUGGUUUGAUGGCAGCUCUCUGGAAGGCCUCUGGAAAAUCAUACGAUCACCAAACCUUGAUACAUGCUGUUCUCUAUCUAGAACAGAUGCUCACCACUGGUGGUGGCUGGCAGGACCAAGUUGGAGGCCUCCUUGGGGGUAUCAAGGUCGGCCAUUCAAAGCCCGAACUGCCGGUUUUCUUAGACUACACAUAUCCGAAAAUUUCAGUGGAAACCAUGCAAACAUUUGCCAGUCAGUUGAUCCUGAUUUAUAGUGGCAGAACGAGGCUUGCCAAGAAUCUCCUGCAGGAUGUGAUAAGAAACUGGUAUAACCGUGACUCCCUGAUCGUUAAAACUGAAAACCGCCUGGUAGCCAGUGCCUGGGAAUGUGCAAAGGCUUUUGAAGAAGAGGACAUUGCAAAGGUCGGUAGCCUUAUGGAUGAGAACUGGUCUCUCAAGAAGAGCAUGGCCCCAGGAUGCGAGCCCCACCUUGUCAAACAGAUGAUGGAAGCCCUUCGACCCCAUGUGCUGGGGAUGUGCAUGGCAGGGGCCGGUGGUGGGGGAUUUCUCUAUGUUCUUACUCGGCAGCCCUACUCAAUGGCACUGGUCAAGUCUGUACUCUGGGAAGUUCCAGGGACUGAAAAGAUCACUUUUCAUCGCGUUGACAUCGAUGUUUCCGGCCUAGAGGUCAAGGUUGAAGACAUUGAGGAAGUUAAGAAGGAUGCAAUAGAUACUGUUGUCAAGGAAGAUUAGGAAGAGGGGGAGGUGACAACUGAUGUGGAAACUGCUGUGAAUAUGGCUGGAGAAGCGGCUCAGAGUGGUGGAUGUGGGGUGAUUGGUGAUGGGGACAGUAAGGAAGUAGUCUCAGAGGGGUAAAGGGUGGGAGUUGAGAUUGACAGCUCAAAUUCUGCCUGGGACAGUGAGGGGAAACAUAAUGGAGGGCUGUGGAUGAGACAGUGGUAGGGGGAUCUGUAAUUGUAACAGAAAGUGGGUCUUCUUCUGAAGUGAUUGAGGGGCAAAGUGAAUCGGAAGGGGAGUUGAAGUCAUUGACAGUAAUUAUGGUUCAUGGGGGAGGGUGGACAAGUCGAUGGGAGGUCUGAUCAGAUACUACUACUCAAGUUAGCCUUCAUGGUGGUUCCGACGAACCUGAAAUCAUUGUGUAGUAUUUGCAGGAGCUCCGCGGAGUCCGCUUGGUACUUGCCGGAUUGUUUCCCUCCAAUUUUAAGGAUGCACUCAUGCACCCGGUACUUUAGGUGUGAGGGUGUUGUGUGAAGCUUGUGACAUACCAGUUUAUUGGUUUAUCAGUUUGAUUGUAUAAUGUGGCCUUGAUACUCCUCUUUUACCAAUUACUUAUUAUAAACCAAGAAAUAUUUACCGCCAUUUUAUUUGGUGGGUUUGUGACACAACUGUCACAAUUGUUUGAUAAUUGUUAGAGAAUAGUAGAUGGCGGAUGGUUUUAGUAGAACUUUUUCGUCUAUUUGCCAAGUGUGCACAGUCAACUCAGACAAUUACUUAUUACUUUACAACACGUAGAAUGGUGCUUGUUUCAGAUUUCUUGCGGCUCUCCUUUUGGCAAUCAUAUUGGACAUAAUAUAAUACCACUGUUAGCGAUUUUAAUCAUAUAUUAUUGAAUAAAACUUAGUUGUUCCUGA